AAUACAUUUUGCACCGCUACGGCCACCCCCAGGAACCCAACGCACACCAGCACUCCACCGUCAAAGGCAGGACACACGCACGCACUUACCUUCACCGCCACAAACGUCGUCUUCUCCUUCUACCACCACCACCACCAUGGACUCCAUCAACAAGUCUCUGGGCGGGCUGGCAGGCCAAGCCAAGACCACGGGAGAAGGCAUCGUACAAAGUGUGCAGGAAGGUGCUCAGCAAGCAGUGGAUCAAGUGGUGGAUGCUGCCAACAAGACUGCUGAUACAGCUGCCAAGGAGGCAUCGAAGCAGGCACAGCUUGCAGCCGACGCAGGCCUCAGAGAAGGCGAAGGCUGCCAUGGGGGGCUUCAGCAAGAGCUUCGGCCUGUGAGCCACUCCUGUCGAAAAGAGGAGCCCCACUCAGCGCUGCUUCGUCCACCACCACCGCCCCCACCACCCCCGCCGCUCGCCCUCGUGGAAGAUUGCGUUCAACAGUUUCCAGCCUGCGUCUCCACCUCGCCGCUGACCCCUUUGUUGCAUUUUGCAUUGUUAAUGAAGUCGAGCGCACGACUCAGCCUCAAAUGAGUGCCUGGUGCGGUGUGUAAACAUCACCGCUGGGGAGACAAAGGCGGCCGGGCGUGGUGUUGGCCACCCACCCCCCUCGUGUGCCGUGCCGGCCUUCAUGGGUGCUCGCUAACAGCACUUGCCCCGACAGUCUGUUGAGGCUAUACGGGGGAUAUUUGUCUUUACUUUGCGUGCGGAUGACGAUAUAAUGCGUGCCUGCGAUCAGAAGUCUCGGCCGCGAGGAAACCACUGAGUCGUUUAACGCGCGCUGCGGGGAAAGAUAGGUCGACACCACUGGAUCGUGGGACCCCCAAUCCCCCCCCCCCCCCCCCACACAGUGCCUGGAAACCACCACUAGCUUAUACGGCAUAGUAGAUUUGCACACCCACCAGAUCUAACGACCAGCUUUAAAAAAAAGUUUAUUCAUAGUUUAUUUUGGGCUUCAUGACUUUUAGAAGUCUCAUCGGUGGGAUAUGGCCCAUGAAAUAAUUUGACAUUUGUUUGACAGAUUUUCAUUAAUUAGAGGUCAGCAGUUCAAUAGAGCCCUGUUGCCCUACGUGAUAACUGUAACUCGUUUUUCCCCUGUCAGGGAUGAUCAAUAUAGUGGAGCCUUUCUGCUCCAUUACCACAAAUUAACCUUUUGGCCAUUGUAUAUAACAGUCCUCCCUGCAAACUAUGGGGCGUACAUCAAAAGAGGAACUGACUGUUGGCACGCACCUUGUGGACUCGAUGGUUUCUACGGUGGAACACUGAAUGUGAAAUGCAAAGGGACAGAUUUGCCAAUAUAAUCCCCCCACCAUUUCAUAUCAAAAUAGUAUCUUCAGAAUAUUUUAACCAGGAUCUGCCAUUGUAUGUGUGAUCUUUAUUGUUAAGGAAUGAACCAUUUACUUACCCAUGAGAGUGGGGCGCUGGAACGUUGGGGCAUAGUACGGGCUGCUGUCUAUAUUAAACAAGCACUGUAUUCUUAGCUGCUGCUUCAGAGGUCCAUUGCGUAGUUAAAACUUUACAAGCAAAGCGCAUUAAAAUAAUAAUGAGAGAGUAAAAAAGACAUUAUCUGACGCGAUGUUGUAUUGAAUAUUUUAGGCUUGCAUAAAACCUGGAUGUGAGA